CUUUGUACGUGAAAGGUGGAAUGAAUGCAGAAAGCGGACGUUGCACAAAACAUGUUUUCUUAAAUCUAAAACUGAUAUAAAGUUUUUCGGGAUUAAAAAACUAUCGGUUUGGUGAAGAAGUGAAUUAAGUGUUAUUUGAAGUGGAGUAAACCGAUUGAAUUGGUAAAGUUUCAAAAUAAUCGUGAUGUUAAUUUGAGAAAUCACAUUCUGAUUAAAAAAAAAAAAAAAACUCCGUUUGCUUGCUCAUUCGCUCGCUCGCCCGCCUUUCGUCGCGUUGCGUUGUUUGUGAAACGAAAAAAAGGAGAACGUGCAAAGAAGAAAAUUGUACAUAAUAAGUUGUAACUUCACUCCCUGCUGUUAACAACAAUUACGACAACGAUUUCCUUAACCAUAUUCUAAGUGUGAAAUAAAAUAUUUUGACUAUUUCCAAAUCGAAAGAAGGGUUUGUGUUUAAGCUUGUGCAUAGAACACAUUCUGAUUGUAGUGGAGACAAAAUUUCAUUUAUGAAGCUAGUUAGUUGAAACUCAAAAAAUGUUGAGUUAACCCACGAACGUACCAAGUGUAGAAACGAACGUACGAACAAACGAAUGGAAAACGAAAGCCGUAAAAAGUAGAAGAUGUAGCAGAGCAAAAGAAGAAGUGGUUAAAUUGGAUGCGAAAUAAAACGUAACUGGUAGACAACGAAAAAUAUAGUAUACGUACAAAAAACAGUGAGGAAACAUAUCAGUGAAGCUGAAGAAUAAUUUAAGACCAGAAUAGCAAAUUUGAAACAAGUUUGCAUUCGUUAAAUUACAAUACAAUUUGUGUGUUUUGUGAAAUAGCAGUGUAUAUUGGAAAACAAACGAAAUUCACACAUCUCUGAUUCAUCCUAACAAAUAUAAAAAUAUUAAUAAAUAAGAAAUUUACAUUGUGCUCUUGCCGUGUUAAAUUCUUGGAAAUUAACUCCCUCAUAUCACAGAAAUAAAUAAAUUUAAUUGAAAUACAUAUAAAAUAGUGUCGGCUCUAAAGUUGUUACUGCUGUAUCAAUUAGUUUGGCCUAAAGUCAACGAAAAUAAAAAAAUAUUACCUACUUGGAAAUAAUUUAGUGUACGCGUGCGCGCAGCGAAUAAAUGUUUCAAAAAUUUUGCUAAAAAGUGUAAAAUUUAAACGGGAUUUCUUAUAUUUGCAUAGCAAUUUUUCGCAUUUACUGUGAAGUUUUACUUCGCUGUGAUUUUAAAAAAUAGAUAAAAAAUUUUGCAAUUUUAACAUUGAACGAAAAGUAAACAAAAUGUUUACGGAAGGCAUUUUCCCAAUUGGUGAUGGCCUCUUGGACAUCAAUGAGGAUCGGCUAAAAGAGCUGCUGGUUGCGGACGAUAUUAACGAAAUAUACGAAUUGGAACAAACACCAUUUGCCAGAGGCAAAUUCGCUGCUGUGCGUCGCGCCAUACAUAAAAAUUCCGGUACACAUUUUGCUGCCAAAUUUCUGAAACGACGCCGACGCGCUCAAUCCUCAGAUAAGGAGAUCAAACACGAGAUCGCUGUGCUAAUGCUAUGCGAUGGCGCCGACAAUAUUGUCAAAUUGAAUGCCGUGCACGAGUCACGCUCCGACACAGCGUUGCUGCUGGAACUGGCAACCGGUGGCGAGCUACAGACAUUUCUAGACAAUGAGGAAUGCCUCAGUGAGGCACAUGCGCGCUAUUGCAUGCGCGAGGUACUUAAGGCAUUGCAAUAUCUGCACAAACGUUCCAUAGCACAUCUGGACUUGAAGCCGCAGAAUAUAUUGCUCACUGGUGAGCGCAUUGAAGACGGUUUGAAGCUGUGCGAUUUUGGCAUCUCACGCGUGGUCGCCGAGGGCACCAAUGUGCGUGAGAUUGUCGGCACACCGGAUUAUGUUGCACCCGAGGUGCUGCAAUACGAACCGCUCUCAUUAUUGACGGACAUUUGGUCGGUGGGCGUGCUGGCCUAUGUGCUACUGUCCGGUUUUUCGCCAUUCGGCGGCGAAACCAAACAGGAAACGUUCCUCAACAUUUCGCAGUGUGCGCUGACAUUUCCGGACAAGCUGUUUGGCGGAGUGUCCGCUGCGGCCAUUGAUUUUAUACGUCGCGCAUUGCGAAUAAAACCAAAUGAUCGCAUGACCGCUGCAGGAUGUCUCGAGCACAUUUGGUUAAAAGACGAAUGCUCCAUCGAUAGACAAAUCCUCACCGAUAUCACCAAAUCAACGACAGUCGACUCAGCCGCAGCUGCAGAAGAUGAGGAUGAUGAUGAUGAAGAAGAUGUAGAUGUAGAUGAAGAUGAAGACGACGACGGCGACGACGAGGCGGAAGAGGAGGACAAUGAGGUUAAAGCGAAUGAAGCUGAAUUGGAAAACGAAAUGUCACAUGAUAACGGCGAUGAAGACGAGCUCAAUAUUAGUAUUGACACAGAACAACAAUUGAAUGGUACAAAUGGCAGCAAAAUGGAAUCAUCGGAUGUCGAAGAAUUGGCGGAGGAGAGCGCAACCAACAAACAGGCGCUUAUUACUAACGGCAAAACAGCGUACAAUAAGAGCAACAGCAACGGUUACAGCAACUAUAAUGGACGCAGCGCCAGCAACAGCAAUUACAGCAACAACACCGCACGUCAUAACGGCACACACAUUACGUAUGCGAAUGGCGCUGGCAGCGCUGCGCGUUACGCGAACGGCGUUAAAGCGAGCGCGACAACAACAGCAGCAACAACAACGCAGCGCACGACCGCCGUGGUGACGGUGCCGGCUGUGCGUGCCACCACCAUACCUCUACAAUACAACGGCGGUGACUAUCGCCAGCAACAACAACAACAACAUCAAUUGCAACGGCAACAACAACUUCAGGUGCUUGCGCGUCGUCAUUCAUCCUCGGACUCCAACAAGGAGAACACCUUUCUGGCUACGAAGAAAAUAGCGCCGUCAACUGCGAACGUUGGCAGCGUUGUGAAGAAGCCACUGACGGCUACAGCAACCACGACCAUUGUGAUUGCCGGCAGCGAAAUGGGUGAUGCGACGACGGCCACGGGUGUUGCCACUGCUAAUGUGGUUGCCACAUUUACGCUGCCCAGCGGCUACAAUCACAAUCACAGUAAUCACAGCAAUAACAGCAACAGCAGCAUCAACAACAGCUGCUUGAAUAGUAGUAAUAGCAAUCACAGCAACAACAAUGCGAAUCACGAAAAGUAUAUAACAACAACAACCCACUGCCUCUUUCCCGACGCACCCACAACACCGAAAGUUAUACGCAAAACCCCAAACACCGAAGCCUCCCCCACCUCGGUCAAAGCAUUGGUGAAGAAGUUUCAAUUAGAAGGCGGCAAUACCAGCCCCACAGCCUUUGAAAAGCACGCCACCACACAUCUGAAAGAGGCACAAGCAACCAAUCAACAAACAUUACAUGCAACAACAACACAAAUGAACGGCGUUAGCGCUGGCAGCAACAGUAGCAGCAGCAAGAAGUCGCCAAUCACUAACGGUAUUGCCAAGAAAUUCGAUACGACACGCAAGUAUGGCGGCGAACAACACAAUGGCACAGCUGGCAGCGGCAGUCUCAGCAACGGUCGACGUGCCUCCGAGCCAGCGACGGUCACACAUGUCACGACGCAUAUUGCACACAAUCGCAGCGGUAGCGGUGGCAUCGGCAUUGGCAGCGCCGCCGCGACCAGUUAUAAAACGACUUGCGUACUCUGCAUCGGUGGUGGCGGCAGCAAGGCGGCUUCGUCGAAUGGCAUCAGCAGCGAUGGUUGCAGGCACUCAACGGACGCCGCCGGCAGGUACAACAAAACGUCAAGCAUUAGCAACAAUAAUGGCACGGCGGCCACCAAGUGUUGUAGCAGCAAAAUGUCCAACAGCAAUGCUAAUGCCACCAACACUGCCAACGUUACCGCCACUGCCAUUGUGAAUGGCAGCAGCAAUGGCAGCACUGCAGCCACCACCACAACGGCACUACUGCUGGGCAGCAGCCAUCAUCAGCAACAGCAACAACAACAGCAGCAGCAGCUCCACCAGCAUCACAUGAACGGCGUACACCAUCAUCCACAUCACCAUCAUCACCAUCACCAUCAUCACAUGCAUGCGGCGACGAAGGCGGCCACCGCCAACAAUUUAAGCUUAGAUCAGGGUAUUAUUUGUUAGCUAAAGGCCAAUCGGGCGCGUAGAAAUGCCAGAAAUUUCUUUAAUCGAUUUCUUUGCUGCAUGUAGUAUUGCGUUGAUGCUUUGUAAGCGGUCUGUGGUCCCUAAGCAAACAGCUGUUUGCCUCUGAAAACCGCUUACAGGCCGGCAACUUGCAUAUGCGUUGAGUGUUGUUGUUGCAAGCGGCGUGUGGCGGUGCGCUAUGUCUGUUUUUGCUCUUUGUUAAUCUUAAUAUUUAAACUGCUGGUUAAAGUAAUUCUUAAAAGUGAUCAAAAAAUAUACAUAUAUACAUAUAUAUAUCAAGUAACUUAUAUAUGUAUACAUAUAUCUUGUGAAUUGUUGUGAGUUAUGCGCACCCCGCUCGUCCUACACACACACACACACCGCUAUUGUAUGCGGCAUUAGCCUCAUUGCGCAAUACGCGCAUGCGCAUAACUGUUAAAUUUAGUUUAGUGUUACAACUUUACAGCUAAUUAAUUUUGAAGCUAAAUACAAGCGCCAGCUGCGUAUUAAGGCGCGCUAGUUACCGAAAAUUGCUAAGUUUAUAUUGGAUUAGUUCAAUGGUGGUUGGCAUGCUAGCAUUGCACAAGACUUUCUCUGUAUGUUGCCGUACAAUUAUGUCAAAUCAAAUUUAUUGUUAGGAAAAAAUGAAAUUAAAGCUUAGAUGUUUUAAAAUUAUUAUUUUUUAUUUUUAUUAUUAUUUCUUUUUGAAUUAUUUUACGAAAUUUUCUAGUUACGUUAGGCCAGUACAGAAGCCUUGAGAAUGUUAAAAAGCGAAAAAAAUCAGUAGUGGUUUGAAUUCCAUAGGAAAAGUCGGUUAAAAUUAUAAAUAUUAAAGCAAAAAUAAAUUACAGGCAAUCUGAGGUCAUAAGAGCGGGAGGGAAAGGGAAUUCGCGUUUGGAUUUUUAUGGUUCAAAAACAGUUUUUCUCGAUUUUUUGGCAAAACUAUGACUACAAUAGAAAAGUUGUAUGUCAAAGUUGUACAUAAUGAAAAGAUGUAUAUACUACUUUUCUCCAUAACCUCAAAAUUUAUGUGCAAGAUGCAAAUAAUGAAAUCGGGUCACCUUGAAAUGUAACUACGAGACUUAAUUGUAUGGCAAAGUUGUAGCCAAUGCAAACAACUACAACUUUGUAUGCACAACUUUUCGCCAUAACCUCAAAAUUUAUGUGGAAAAUACAAAUAAAUUUGGUCACCAAAAAACUGUAAGUAGGAGUCUGAAAGAAUUUUUUAUAUUUGAGAGUUGUAGCUAAAGAGAAGAACAAUAACUUUUGCAUGCACAACUUUUUCUCAUAACCUCAAAAUUUUUUCGAAAAAAAAAUUGACGAAAUCUGGUCACCUUACGAUUUAACUACGAGUUUUAGAGUAAAACUAGUAUAUGGCAAAAUUGUAGCUAUAGCAAAGAUCUACAUCUCUUGUAUGUACAAAUUUUCCCCAUUACCUCAAAAUGUAUGUGAAAAUUGCAAAUAUACAAUUUGGUCAUGUUAUAAUGUAAAUGUCAUAAGUGAGCAUAAUGUUUAAAUUUUUUUAUAAUAGAGUGUGCGCUAUUUUCAUUACGCGAAGAAAUAAAGUUCAAUUAAAAAAAUAUUAAAAAAAAAUAAAAAAAAAAAAAAAUUAUUUUUUUCACAAAAUGUGGUGACCCAAACAAGCUGCAAUUGUUUUUUUUUUUUUUUGAAAUAUGUAUAUUUUUCACCUUUAUUUGGACUUAAUAAUAGAAGAGUCUCCAAUUUUAAACAGUCCUUGACCGCAUAAAAAAUCCAUGACCAUUUCGGUUACGUAGAGCCGACUGUCGUAACGUAAAUUCUAAUAUUUGCUCUGCCCGUCGUGAGCUCGCCUGUAAUAAUUAUUUUUUUCAUUGUAUUUUGUUAUUUUAUCUGACUAUUCCAAUGCGUUUCGUGCUAGCAUGAUUUUUUCUGCUCUCUUUGUAAUUUUUUUUCAUACUACUUAUUUUAGAAAAUUUCAACCUGCUCCCGAAGUCAGCAAUCCUUCGUCGCUGAAAAAACUUAAUUGAAACUCACUCACUCACACAACGUUCAGCUAUAUCGCUUAAAUAAUUUACUUAGUUUAUUUACUCGCUUAUGUUUACAGUUUUUUUUUACAAUUACAAGUAUUUAGCGCUAAGUUGGUUUAUUUUUGUGAAACCCUUAUUUUUUACACAAAAACAUAUUGAAAUGCCUACAUUUAAUUUGCUAGAAUAAACAAUUAUGCGUUGCCCC